AUGGCAUUACUUCCACCCCCACCGCAGAGAGGGCAGCGCCUCAGCUUCCUGGGCACGUCAUUGUGGACGCUGGACAGCGUGGACUCACUGAUCCUUCCAAACGAGAGAAGAAAGUACGAGCAGCAUUUUCACCAGCUAGACGCAGACCGAGAUGGGUUUGUGCAAGCUCCUGAGGGCAAGCACCUGCUCGCCCGCUCCAAAAUCCCCGCGCGCAUCAUCGACGAGAUCUGGGCCUUUUGCAACACGCCGCGCUCCUCGGGUCUCUCCUGCCGGGAGUUCACAUGCGCCAUGCACCUCACCUUCCAGGCCAUGCAUGUGACGAGCUCCGCUUUGGGGGGCCAGCCCCAGCAGGCAAAUGCGACCCCCCAAAGUGGAGAAACGAAGACGCCGGUCGUGCCUCCCCCUUGGUUGUUGGCGGCUCAGCAGGAAUAUAAGAGCAGUCAGAUGGUGUCCCCUGUUACCACCCCCCCACCAAGAAAACCCAGUGUAAAUACCGCCCCUGGAGUGAUCCAGCCCGCUAGUGACAAGCCAGAGAACUGGGAGAGGUUCUCCCCAACAGGGCCGGGAAGUGGGUUUUCAAAUGUGGGCCAGGGUUUUGUGCCUGCAAACCAAGGUGUUAGCUUCGUCGGUAGCGGGUUAAUAAGCCCGGAGGUCCUCCCGACACCCUGGGUUACGUUCGACUCCGGCGAUAACCACCGGCGCCUGAACCGGCACACGUCCAUGCCAGAAAGCCAGCUUAACCCCGUCUGGUCAACAAUGACCCAAAACCGGGGCUUCCGGGAACGACAGCCCUCGGGUCCGUUUGCACCGCAGCCUGCAAUUUUCCAGGGGGGGCAAGAGCAAGCCUUUGAGAGGACCCUUUCCCCAGAGCCCAAGGACCCCCUGAUAGGCACUCAGCCGGAUAUGAUAAGCCAGCGGAGCGCUCGGUUGAGGCGGCGGCCAAUGACGUACGAGAUCGGGAAGCGCCAGCAGAAGCGGCGCACCCGUUCGUUGUACGGUACCCUAAGUGAGGACCUUACUUUGUAUUCCGUGGAGAACAGCGAUAGUGUGCAGAUCAAAGGAGGGGCGCUCAGCCCAGUUCCCGAAAUGGUCGAUUCACUGCCCCCAGUCGCCGUAGAGGACACAAGCUCUGAGAAUGUUACGGAAUUUCAAUCGCUCCAAGCGCAAACGAGCGCUGAGGCUGAGAUCAAUAACCAAACUCCUCGGGCGCGAACAAGCAGCUUGACGGAGGCGAAGCCUUCCGGGCAGUCUCUGGAAAGCCAAGAGCAUUUGAAGCAGAGCACCGAAAUACUAGAGGUCGUUGGGUUGACAAACAAGCUUCGGGAAGAAGAAGAGGUGCUGCAAAAGGAAAUUGUAGAGGCAAGAGGCGAGGAGUCGGGGCUCCAGAAGCGGUUGGAAGAAGUGACGGCGGAGAAGAAGGAAGUGGAGGAAACAAUUGGAAGGGGAAAGAACGAGCUGCAACAGCUGCGGUCGAAUGUGGACGAUCGACGAGCGGAGCUGACGCGACUGGAAGACGAGAUGCACGAUCUCAAGCGGAAGCGCAGUCAGCUUGAUUCCGAGAAAGACAGCCUACAACUAGAGCUGGUGAACGCGGAAACGCUUCUGCGGGAGAAGCGCGAGCGGCUGGAAGCAGAACGGGCGAGGACUACGCAGGCGGAGGAGACGGUGGCAGCUCUCAAGACAAAGAUGCAAGCGAGCACAUCCGCCCUGAAUGAGGUUAAGCCGACGGUUUACCCCCGACCGUUGAGCAAACCCGAAUCAAAAACCGAGCCCCAACCGGCACCCGUUCCUUGGGCCCCUCUCGCCGUCCAAGUCCCCACCCUCUCUCCAACUUCCCCCUCCCCUGCCGACGCGUCAACCAACCAGGCCGCGCCACGUGGCCCUAUGAGCGGCACUCCGUUCUCCGCAUUUGACGGGGAAGACCUCUUCAAACUAGAGGCGGAACUAGGGGAGGGCAGCUGCCGCCAGAUGCUGGCGGAGGACCAGAGCCCCGGUUCGAUGGGGUUCGUUUGGCCCGCGAUCUCCCCCCCCGUCACGAGACUGCCUACCCUGGCCGUGAAGAAAGGUGCGCAGCCAGAUGGAGGACACGUGGCGCCGAUCCCAGCGCAGGCGCCUAAUGAGGGAGAAGAAAAUGAGCGCGAGGUGAUAGUCGAGGUGAAGGCGCCUGCGAACAGCACGCCCAAGCAGACGGGGACACCGAAGGGGGGCAUUUUGUCGCCCAAACGGCCCCCCCCGCCGCCGCCGACGAAGGUCCCCACUGCAGCCCCGGCCGACGCGGUCCCCGCAGCCGCGGCCGCAGCCCCCGCCCUCCAAAACCCUCAAACCUCCCCCAGCAAGAUGCGAAACAAGGCCGAGAGCGUGACGCUGGAUUGGGCGAACGGCGAAGACUCGUGGCUGCACUUCGACGAUUCGCCGCCGCUCGCUGGCCUUCCCGGCGGAAGCCCGCUCUUGCCCGACGUCGUCGUUGCUGAGGUCAGCAUCCCGUCCGCUGACGUCAACCCGGUUCCGCUCAGCGCCGCGUACCUUUCCGCGAAGGUCCACCCGGAGCCGGAAGGCGGACCGCUUUCCCCUGACAGCCUCGCGGCGCCUUCCCCGAGCGUCAGAUCGUUCCUUGGGGAACUCGCCAGUAGCGAGCGGGGACUGGUCACCGGGCAGAGCUUCUCGGCGACUGAGGGCCCUCAAAAACCCGCCUUUGCGUCGCUCGCAACAUCAUUAUCCCCCUCAGUCCAGUCCUUCCUCAACGUCUCCACUUUCCCCGCCGGCCCGCCGACCAGUCUACCGUCCGCCAUUCCAGCAGCACUUGGCGGCCAGAACUUCCCCGUUGUGGGGGGGCAAAACUCGCCGUCUGCUCCGGGCUCCCCCGCGCAGUUCAAGACCCCCCUGCGGAAACCGCCGCCUCCUCCGUCCGGCCUGAAAAAGACGGGGGGGGCCGAAACCCCAAACCCCGCGACCCCAAACCCCGCGACCCCGAAUACCGCGGUGCAAGAUGCGCCUCCGGGGCAACUAGUCUGGGCGGAGUUUGGCGACGCGGAACAGCAGAAAGCCCCCGCUUCUGCUGCCCCGACCGCAAUAUCUUCCGACGGCACACCGUCAACGGGGUUCGCAAAGUUAGGGGAGCCGUUAAGCCCGUCUUCGGACCUUUUCAUGAAAGUGGGGGGCUUGGGCGCACCCGCAAAGCUCCCCUCCGAAUGGACAGCCCUGCGUCCGAAUCCGGUGUACGAGCCGAACGGGGGCGUCCGAAGGCGGCGCUCCUCGGACGGCGACCUCGUCCAGGAAAAGAAACCGCCCCUGGUCGCCGAGCCCGAGCCGAAACUGCCCGCUUCAGAACCAACAGCCGCCCCAGCGCUUGCACACGCUCCCGCCGCUGCAUCACAGACUGUGACGUCACAAAGCGUGACGUCACCAGGUGUGACGUCGCAGCCGACGUCACCCGACUCGAGCCGCAUGAACUUGCUGGAGGACGACUGGUUUCUGGCGAGUGGCCAAACGCCCACCAGUCCCUCCGCGGUUGCUCAAAAUGCGGUCGGGGAUGCCAACCGGGGUUCCGCUUCCGCUGGGCUCCGGCCACUCACUGAAGCGGACCGGAAGAAGUGCACGGCGGCUUUCGAGAAGAUUGCGCGUCCGGGCAGGGAAUUUGUCUCCCGGACGGAGGCUGAGGGGAUAUGCAGCCGGGCAAACAUUCCGGGGCAGCCCUUUGAGAGACUCUGGGCUCUGAGCGACCGGGCCGAGGACGGGGUCCUCGGCAAGGAUGAGUUUUGCAUCUUCCUCCUCCUCAUGAAAGCGGCCGCCGCUCGGGAGCAGCUGCCCGGGGGGCUGUCCACCGGCGACGUCUCCCGCCUGCUCGGGCACGAGUUCGUCGCCGAGAAGAUCACCCGGAGCUUCAUUCCGACCCCGGCAAAAUCUUCACACGGGAGAACGCCGACCGCGGAAAGGGGGGGGUCUCCUGGCACAGAUUCGGGCCCCCGGAACGUCGUUCUGGGCGCCGAUUUGGAAGUCCCCCCUGCGCUUUACAGCUCGCCCCCCCAGUUGGAUUCUCCCACCGCUAGGGGUGAUCUAAGCCCGGGGAAAACGCCAGGACCCGGGGGAGAGGCCUGGGAGGAUUACCUGGCGAAGCGGGUCGGUUCUGCGGAAGACAAACCCUCUCUAGCUAACGCUAACCCGACAGAGGGUUCGUUCGGCGACCAGUCCCCAAGCGUGUCCCGCAUCCCGUCGCCCUCAAAGCGGAGCAGCCUUCCCGAGACUGGGGGGAUCACCCCUGUUCAAGGCGGAAGCCCUCUGGUCCAAACCGUGCGCCCGCCGAGCGUCGUCGCCCGCCCGCUUUCCUCCCAGUCGUUCCGCUCCGCUUCCUUACGGAUACGAGUUGGACCGGAAGACGAAGACCGCGAAUCCGGUCGUUUUGUAGGGGAGCGCGUGCGCCGAUUUAGCAGCCAGGAGGGGGGGAUAGCGUAUCUGGUGGGCAUGGGUUUCGGCCCGAAGGCGGCCGCGGCCGCGACCGCGAGGUUUGGGAGCGAUCUCCAAGCCGCCGUCGCGUGGCUGCUCGAGCAACCGGGCCGGGGGGUCGACCCGGCCGACGUGCUCGCGAGCGCGGACCGCGAUCUGUUUCCGCUCACACCCCCUCCGGCGGAAAAGACAACCGCCCGGAACCUGUUGAACACCGAGCCGAUCGCGAGCGACAGCCCGCCCGCGGGCCGCGGACUUGACAGUGCGCGCGCGAGGCGCCACGUGGCGGGCGGGGAGAGCAAGAUCCCGAGCCCCCCCCGGAGAGACGGCAACAGUCCGAACGGUUCGCCGGUGAAAAAACCUACGGUUGUCAGUCCGAGCAUGUUAAAACCGCCCGUAGAAAGCAUGACGCCUCCAUCCGAAUCCAGUCUUAGAACGCCGGAAAGCCCCGAGAAGAAGUUCGAGCGGAAUCCGUCGAUCCUGGACCGGAUCGGGGCGGCGGAAUCGGACGGUUCGGACGAGGAAGAAGAGGUGGUGGUUGGGACGGAAGUCGAACGUCCGCAGAGCGCCCGGCCGCCCGGGUCGCCGCUGAGCCAGAUGAUUGGCAGUCUGUGGGGGGCAGGCAAGACCGCGCCCGGGACCCCCACGGGGCAGACAAAGAUCGAAAAGGGCCUCGUCGCACACAACGUGGAAAAGUUCGAGAAGGGGGCCGCGGCCAACUGCGGUCCGCGCUUCGUAACGCAGCUGCCGGUACAGCUGCUGAUUGAAGAAGUGGCGCUUGAGGACGCCGACGACCUCCGGGACCCCUUUAUCACCGUUGCCGUCUAUGACGAGUCGGGCGCCUUGAUAGAGCCCGCGCAGAAUACCAGCAUCGUGUCAAACGCCGAUGAGCGGGGCAUCGUCUUUGGGACGCGUGUUGACAUCCUGGGGAAAAUCCCGGCAGUGCCGCCGUCAGGAACGAAAGUGUGCUUCGAGGUGCGGCACUUCAAGCGGGGCGAGACGAGCAAAGCCAGCACCAAGUGCUGGACCGCCAUUAACCUGGAGGAGAUGGCGACCGGGCCCCACACGCUCGUGCUGUUCAAGAAGCCCGUCGACCUCAAGGCAAAGCGGGCAAAGCUCCUGAACGGCAAGCGGGACGUCCUCAAAAUCAACGUAGACUUCCAAGAAUGAGUCACGUCCGAUUUCGUCAUCGUGGUCCGUCAUCAUUUAAAUCAGAACACAUGCUUCUUUCUGAUCGGCGGUUGGAUAGGCUUGUUCUUCACUGGAACAACCCCAGGUGUUGUAGCAGAGGACUGUUAUGAACAUAUCUGAAUAAUGUGGCACCUGUGAGGUGUUGGCUGGAUCGCACUCGUGAACCCCACAUUUUAAUCACUUCUGCAG